CAGCGCCGACGGAGCCCAGCCGCUGAAUCCCCCCGCUCCUGCCCGGGCAGUAGGGAGGUUGUGAAUGCAGAUUCACAGAUCCAAACUGAACCAGCCAGAACAGCUGGGUAUCAAGGGAAAGCUGAAUUAAACACAGCACAAGAUUUGACUGGAGCUUCAGCUGCACCUGACAGCAUCACCACAGAAACUGGAAAAUAUAAGUGAAACUGAAGCACUUCGGAAGUAAGUGCAGCUCCUGACAUUUGCACAGCAGAGGAGCAAUGGAAUUAUGCAGGAGAGCAAGAGGUAUUUGACCACUCUGUGGGGAAGGGAAGUGUCUCAUUCUUAGCAGGAAUGUGCAACUAUUUACUCUUGGAAAGGGGGAGUGCCAUGAGAUCUAUUGAAGUGAUUGUCUGUUUGUGGUUGUUACAAAUAGCUUUGCAACCUUCCUGGGACUGAAAUAGUACAGGCCCAUUGGGGCAAAUCAUAUAUUGGACAGUGUUAUUUUUUUUUAAAUUCUCUGCUCCCAGAGGCAACACCUGGCACAAGCAUUAAGAUACUGCAGCUCCUUUUUGCAGGCAGAGAGAGAGAGAGGGGGGCAGAGGGUCCAAAAGAGAGAAUAUCAAAAUCUCCCCUUCUGCUAGUCUCUUCUGUACCAUGGGAUGUAGGCAAAGCUCUGAGGAGAAAGAGGCAGCACGGCGGUCCCGAAGGAUUGACCGCCACCUGCGCUCUGAGAGUCAGCGGCAACGACGAGAGAUCAAGCUGUUACUUCUUGGCACUAGUAAUUCUGGGAAAAGCACCAUCGUCAAGCAGAUGAAAAUUAUCCACAGUGGCGGCUUUAAUUUAGAGGCUUGCAAGGAGUACAAGCCUCUGAUUAUCUAUAACGCCAUUGACUCCCUCACCCGCAUCAUUCGCGCUCUGGCCACCCUUAAGAUAGAGUUUCACAAUCCUGACAGAGCCUAUGAUGCAGUGCAGCUUUUUGCCUUGACGGGCCCGGCUGAAAGCAAAGGUGAGAUCACGCCUGAGCUGCUUGGUGUCAUGAAAAGGCUCUGGGCUGAUCCCGGCGUGCAAGAGUGUUUCUGUCGCUCCAACGAGUACCAUUUAGAGGACAAUGCUGCCUACUACUUGAAUGACCUGGAAAGGAUUGCUGCAUUGGACUAUAUUCCUACCGUUGAAGACAUUCUACGCUCUCGGGACAUGACUACAGGGAUUGUGGAAAAUAAGUUUACCUUCAAAGAGCUGACUUUCAAAAUGGUGGAUGUGGGUGGGCAGAGGUCUGAGCGCAAAAAAUGGAUCCAUUGUUUUGAGGGGGUUACAGCAAUAAUUUUCUGCGUGGAACUGAGUGGAUACGACUUGAAGCUGUAUGAAGAUAACCAAACAAGCCGAAUGGCAGAGAGUCUUCGCCUUUUUGACUCCAUUUGCAACAACAACUGGUUUAUCAACACCUCCCUCAUCCUUUUCCUGAAUAAGAAGGAUCUACUGGCAGAAAAAAUUCGCCGCAUCCCGCUAACAGUUUGUUUUCCUGAGUACAAAGGCCAAAAUACUUAUGAAGAGGCAGCUGUCUAUAUCCAACGGCAGUUUGAGGACUUGAAUCGCAACAAGGAGACCAAGGAGAUCUAUUCACAUUUCACUUGUGCUACUGAUACCAGUAAUAUCCAGUUUGUUUUUGAUGCGGUGACAGAUGUCAUCAUCCAGAACAAUCUCAAAUACAUUGGCCUUUGCUAGGGAGCCAUGCAAACGAGUUUGGUUUCUCAAGGUGAUGCAAAAAAG